AUCUGCAAUACACCUUUCUAUCCACAAGAUGUAGCUAUUGAUAUAGAAAUAAAAGAGAAACUAAUAAGAAUUUCAAACAAAGAUCAAGUUUAUAAAAUUGCAGGCACAGUGCUGUGUCAGCACCUUAGAAGGCUAUAGCCUCACCCUAUGGCCAAUAGCAAUCAUCCAGGAAGUAAUAAGCCCAGCACUCACCGAGUGAUUGUGCUAUUACACAAUACACACAGCAUAGCGUACGUGAGGACUACAUGCAAUAGGACCUGCAGAAAAGCUUUCACUCACAGUUUACAUCCGGUGAGUAUACGUCAAAGGCUGAAUCAACAUAAGGGCAGGGUGUGGCAAAGUAAAGGGCUGUGUUCUCAUACAAUAAAAGGACACACUAAGGAUUAAUCUUGGCAGACAAGUUUCAUUCAUUACACUGUCAUGGCUGGGAGAGGGAAACCGCGCAAGCUAAACAGUCUCGACGCUGAGUGCACUAAAGUAAGUUCUCCUGAUUUAACAGAAGGGAAGCAGAGUGAAAAACAAACGAAACAGAAACCAAAGAAAGCGGAGCAGAAAAAUCCAAACAAAGCUGAAAAAAAGUUUCCUCCUGACAGUGCCAGAGGAGAAUCUCAACACAGCAGAGCGCAGAGAACUUGUGCGACCAGGACCAAGUCAACAGAACAACUUCCACUGGAGAAACUGGAGAAAAAGGAAAUUCCAAAAACCACAAGAACAAAAAGAUGUUCUGACAGGACAAAAUCACAAGGACUUGAAGAGGAAGUAAAGCCAGAGACUCCAGAGGGUACCAGAAAAACAAACCCACGUGUUAGGAAAGCCAAACCAUCAGAAAUGACUGAGAUACAGCUAAAAGAUCCUACAGAGGAUUCUGUGGACACUGUCAAAGCAAAAGCCUGUGGCACCAAGCCAAGAUUAAGAGAACAACUUGAUGCAAAGAUGCAAAAUGAGCAAUAUUUUGAGAAGAUACCAAAGGCAGAGCAACAGACUCCAAAGAAUACAAGAGAGGCUUCAGAACAGACCACAAAAACCGAAAUAUGUGCUGGCAAAGCCAAAUCGCCACCAGCAAAAGCCUGUGGUGCCAAGCCAAAAGUAGAAGUACAAUCUGCUGUGCAGGAUACAAAGGUUGCACCAGGAAAAUCUGAGGACUUAAAAAGGAAAGACAUGACCGAAGAAAAAGCUUCAACAGAUUAUAUCCUUAAGGAAACUCUGAAAAAAAUGAAAAUUAAAAUGAUUGACAAAACAAACGCAGCAGAAGUCAUAAAUGCGAUAAUACGAAAUAUAAUCAAUCAUUUAAAACAGAAUACAUUAAGCUUUAAUGACGUACAAGAACCCCUAAAAACAGGAAGCUACUAUGAAAAUCUAAAGAUUUGUAAUCCCGAUGAAUUUGACGUCAUGCUGCCCAUCUUGGUUGAUCGGGUGAAACUUGCACCAUUUGGAACUGAUGGCGCAUUUUACAGUGUGGAAUUAAAACGUGGCCAGAAGAAUCUGGAAAGAUUUCUAGAAAAUGGCAUUUUAUCUGCUACCAAGAUGCUCAAUGAGUUCAGAGAAGAAGUGAAGAAAUGUGUCAAGAAUUUUACUGGAUGGAAGGUGGACAAGAAGAAAAAAGGCUGUCCAGCAGUGACCCUGACCACACAUGUACAAUCAGUCCCAAUUUCGCUGGAUGUUGUUCUCUGCCUUAUGGUUAAAUCAAGCUGGCCGCCUUUCACAACCCAAGGCCUUAAAAUAGAGUGCUGGCUCGGGCAUAAAGUUAAGCAAGAUUACAAGCGAGAGCCAUAUUAUCUGGUCCCAAAAUAUGAGGGCAAGGGUACAGUGGAAAAUGAUGGUGUCCGUAAUAAAGAUGUUUGGAGAGUUUCAUUCUCUCACAUUGAGAAGGCCAUCCUGAAAAAUCAUGGAUCAAAGAAGACUUGCUGUGAACAAAGUGGAGAAAACUGCUGCAGAAAGUCCUGUCUGAAACUCCUAAAGCACCUGCUACAUCUGCUGAAGGAAAGGGAUUCUUCAUUUGACAAGUUUUGCUCUUAUCAUGCCAAAACUACACUCUUACAUGCCUGUUGCUUGCGAACUGAUGACAACAAGUGGAGAGUCUCAGACCUGAGCGACUGUUUCCAGGUGCUCCUGCAGGACUUUGAAGGUUACUUGGAAAAUGGUCAACUAUGCAACUUUUUCAUUCCAAGUCAGAACCUGUUCUCUGGUAUUAGAGUUUGCAAAGGUCUGUCCGAUGCUAUCAGGGAGGAACGCCGGAAAGGCUUUCCUAUUUUUAGGGAACAACUUAAAAAUGGAAAUUAAUUAAUGCACAUCUGGACUCGUGAUUUUUGUAAGUCCUAUAGUGUCUUGAUGCAUGCUCAAUCAAAUGCUGCAUCCAAAUAAACAGAAUCAACUUUUUUGGGAAGUCCCAUUGUGUUUACAAUGCCUCAAAUAAGCACAGGCAAUCCAGCAACUAUGCAAAUACAGUUUGUUUUACCGAUUUCAUUGCUUUAGUUAUCUUAUUUCCCCUUAAUCAUAUCUGUACAGUUGAAACUUUAAUUUGCAGCUUUGAGUUUUGAUGUGAUUUUGUUGUUUUCUGGUUUGCAACCCAUUUGUAAGAAAUGUUACUCGUAAAUUGAGAUUUAGGAGAACAAUAACACAAGUACUAAUAUACUUUUCUUAUUACAUGUUUCUUUAUUAUAUUCUGACUGAAUCCUUAAAUGUAUCGCUUUAUAUGGUCAAUGAAAAGGUGAUGUCGUUUGCUGAUUAAUAGCUGACAUAUUAAAAACACAUUACAUUUGUAA